AUGGAUACAAGUGAUUAUGAAAAGACGUUAAUUGCGCUUGAAGAAGCGUUAGCAACAGUUACAACAACAACAAAAUUAUUAUCAACUGGAUGUCCUAAUGUAAUAUGCACCGCAUUACCCACUCAUUGGCGUAGCAAUAAAUCAUUACCGUUACCGUUUACUGUAUUUGCACUAGGACCGGUUCCGGAUGGAACACUUGUUACAGUUGCAGCCGGAAAUGAAGAAAAUUGCUGUGCUGAUCUACGAAAUAAUCGUACUCAAAUGAAUGGACAAAUUGCUCGUUUUAAUGAUCUGAGAUUUGUUGGUAAAAGUGGGCGAGGAAAAAAUUUUCACUUAACGAUAACAAUCGAUACAAAACCGGCACAGAUAGCAAUCGUUGGUAAAGCAAUCAAAGUUACCGUUGAUGGCCCGCGGGAUUCUCGAACAAAUAAGCGUACGGCAUUAACUCGUCGUACCAGUGUAUCAAUUUCAUCAGAUGAUUGUCCAGUUACCAGCAAAUUUCGUCGCCGGACUUCCACCACAAGUAUUCCAAGGCCGAUACCUACCUUGGUACCACCAAUUCCUGUUUUUCCUUCUUUAUUCAAUCCAUUUUCAUUUAUUCCAAAUCCUCAGUUACCUGCACCAGUAUCGUUGAACUUUUCUCAUUCUCCUUUGCUCAAUCCUACUACUACAGUUAUUAGACAAGCUAUUCCACCUGUUGUUACACCUUUACCGGCCGUUUUAACUCAAAGAACCCGACAAUUACCUCAAUCUGUGGAACAACCAAUCGGAACAAGAACAAGACGAAAAGCAAUGAAAAUUUGGAAACCUUAUGAUAUUAAGUCAUGA